ACGUCACCGGCCCCUCCCUCCCUCCUUCCCCGCCGCCGCCGCCGCUGCUGCAUCACAACAGCCGUCGCUUGCUAGCUGGCUAGCUCACCACUGACCGACCGACCGGGGCCGCCCACCGGAGUCUUGUCGCCGUUGUCGCCGUGUCCGUGACGCUGCAACGAGGAUCACAUCGCGGCCGCGCGCGGGGGGAAGAGGGUGAUUUCCUGCACGGUUGUUCCUGCUCCUGCGUGUCGGGUCAUGGCCAGGCCGGAACAGGUCCUGCUCCUGGAGCCUCAGCACGAACUCAAAUUCCGAGGUCCAUUCUCCGACGUGGUCACCACAAAUCUCAAGCUCUCCAACCCUACAGACAGGAAUGUGUGUUUCAAGGUGAAGACGACCGCGCCACGCCGGUACUGCGUGCGGCCAAAUAGCGGCAUCAUCGACGCAGGCACCUCCAUCAAUGUCUCGGUUAUGCUGCAGCCUUUUGAUUAUGACCCCAAUGAGAAGAGCAAACACAAGUUCAUGGUUCAGUCCAUGCUCGCGCCACCUGACAUGACCGACAUGGAGGGAGUGUGGAAGGAGGCCAAGCCUGACGAGCUGAUGGACUCCAAGCUGAGGUGUGUUUUUGAGAUGCCAGCGGAGAACGAAAAGACCCACGACAUGGAGUCCAACAAGAUGAUGUCGUCCAGCUCGCUGAAGUCCGAUUCCUCCAUGCUUCCUACCAAGUCCAUGAGCUCCACCCUCGAUGAUGGCGAAGUGAAGAAGAUCAUGGAGGAGUGCAAGAGGCUGCAGAUGGAAGCUCAGAGGCUACGGGAAGAAAACAAACAGAUCAAGGAGGACGACGGUCUGCGAAUGAGGAAGAGCAACGUGAUGUCUUCCCCGCACUCCACGGCCGGCAUGAAGCGGGAGGAAGGCCUGAGCGCCCGCUCGGUCGCCCUCAUGGUCCUCUUCUUUUUGGUGGGCGUCAUCGUGGGCAAGUUGGUGUUGUAGAGGGCGGGCGGGGCAGUCAAUGGGCGGGGCAUGCUUUCGUGGGGAUGAAACCAAAUCAAAAAGGCGGGAUGUCGGAGUUAGGACGAGAUAUGCCAUAUCUGCUGGGUGAGGGGGGUUUUGAUUCAGCAUCAUUUAUAGUUAAAAAAAAAAAAAAAAAGGUAAUGUUUGAGGGGGGGGGAACACAGGAAAUUAAUGAUUCACCGUCUUAUAAAGGAGCUGUUACAGGUCUGCCUAAUCACUUAUGGUCAUUUCCCUCUUCACCAACUUCCAUGUGGGCGGGGCCUAGCGCCGUGCUCACAUCGCCGUUAUUCCUCACGUGUGAGGCAAUGCAAGGAAUGUCACGUGUAUGUUUUCUCAACAACAAGAGUAUAUCUCCACCGCCCCCCCACCCCCCACCUCCACUGUUGGAUAUAACACCACCGUCUUGUGGUACAGUCAGACAUUUUUGCCCAUUUCCUUCCUCUCACCUGAUCACUACACCCCCCAUCUCCACCAGGGAGGGCGGAGGCGGAGCUUGGUCGCAUGCAUGUUGCAUCUGGACUGUUUUUGUUUUGGAAAUCUUAAUUUAAUUGCUUUUAUAACGGUGUUGAUUGUGUGAUUUUUUUUUUUUUUUCGGCUAUAGGUUUGCACAAAUGCUUUCAUUUCUUUUUGUUUGGGUUCGAUAUCCGAGACUUGUUGUCUGUAUAAGCAUUUAGGAUUAUUGGGGAGAGCUCCGGAUUUUGUGAGCUUUCGUACGGCGCCCGCUAACGUUCACCAGGCCGACGCUUUGCCUUGUGACCUGUUGAAGUGAGUUUGUCCUCAGGCCCAGACGUGAGUACAGUACCUUGUCACACAUACCUGGGAGAGAAAUACACAAAAACACGAAGGUGCAUGUAUGGUCUUUUUGUUUCCGUGGCAACAAAGUCCCCGGUGUCCAAACAAAGCUUUUCCACAUCUUCCCUACAGAGCCAUACAUUCUGUUUUUGUGUGCAGGAAAAUGUAUGUUAGCAAACAGUGGCAUGUUGCGAGCUGCCUUCACAUGAUUUCCACCUUCUUCUUAUUUUUUUUUUACUACUGCUGGCACGUGUUCCAUCGUGGUGUGUUUGUUUAAAUCCAUGUUUUAUAAUCCUCACGGCAUUUGAAGUUGUUUCAUGUUUACCGCACUAAGCUGAAGAGUGUGAUCUUCCUAUAGCCCCGAGGGACCACCAAACGACAUUGUACUGUUUAUCGGAAGCCAGUGGUUUAUUUUCUUGCGUUGAAAUGAAAUUUUGGGGCGGACAAAUUAGCUGAAAAUCGGUCAAAAUUACGAGAAAAAAAACGUAAUUGUGGAUUUGAAAGGCGUGUGUUCCUACUACUGUAUCUCUUUUAAAGGGGAACUGCACUUUUUUUUUUUUUGCAUUUUGUCUAAAUCAUAAUCCUUAUCUAAGACAAGAACACUUGUUUUUUGAUGCAUUCUAACUAGAAAAAAAAUGUUAGCAAUAGUCAGCUAACCGUAGAGUCAAUGGAAGUCGCUCGAUGCCGCCUAUUAUAUGCUCUAAAAACCUCCAUUAAGGCUUUAUAUACACGCUGUAAGUAUACAAUACAGUCCAAAAGUCUGCACACACCUUCUCAUUUAAUGCCUUUUCUUUAUUUUCAUGACUAUUUACAUUGUCACUUAAGGCAUCAACACUAUGAAUGAACACAUGUAGAGUUAUGUAAGGUGAAAUAACUAAAAACAUGUUUUAUUUUCAAGUUUCUUCAAAAUAGCCACCCUUUGCUCUGAUUACUUUUUCGCACACUCUUGGCAUUCUCUCUAUGAGCUUCAAGAGGUAGUCACAUGAAACAGUUUCACUUCAGAGGUGUGCUUGAAGCUCAUCAAAAGAAUGCCAAGAGUGUGCAAAAAAAAAAGUAGUCAAGAGCAAAGGGUGGCUAUUUUGACGGAACUACAAUAUAAAACGUCAAUCCAUUUUCUACCGCUUAUCCCUUUUGGGGGGUGCUGGAGCCUAACUCAGUGACAAUCGGGCGGAAGGCGGGGUGCACCCUGGACAAGUCACCACCUCAUCACAGGGCCAACACAGAUAGACAACAUUCACACACUAGGGCAAAUUUAGUGUUGCCAAUCAACAUGAAUCAUCCCCAGGUUUUCAAUUAUUUCACCUUUUUUUUUUUUUAAGUACAUAACUACACACGUGUUCGAACAUUCAUUGUUUUGAUGCCUUCAUUGACAAUCUAGAAUAUAAAUAGUCAUGAAAAUAAAGAAAAGGCAUUGAAUGAGAAGGUGUGUCCAAACGUUUGGCUUGUACUGUAUAUGUAAUAUUGUCAUAAAUUCGUAACAUUUAAUAUUUUGCUCAUUUUAAGCACUGACGCAUCACAACGUUCGCUUUCUUCUUCAACAACAACACUAAUCAUGACAGACGACAUAAUAAAACAAUCACUUACUGUACAAUGUCUUCUUGUAAUAGGAUGCUGACUAAUGGGAUGUUUAUAUCUUCCCGUUUAGAUGAAGAAUCAAUCAUCAGGGAUACUUUUUUUUUGCCAUAUCCGGGUUUAAGUUGGAUGUCAAAGUGCACCAACUUCUGGGGUUAUGUCCACAUUAUUUUACUAUCCACGUGAAAGGCGUGAUUUGUAAAAUAGAAUUAACUUUCACCGGCUUAGAGGCGAGGGAGCAGCUCACCGGCUGAUGUCAAUAUAGUUAGCGCUCUGAUCAAUGUGCCGCUCAAAGUAGGUCCUUAGCCUCAACGUUAAAUCUUAUAAUAACACUUGGGUCGUACUAAUUUUUUUAAUUUUAAUAUUUUUAGGGGGUUUUAUGGGUGCAAUAGACGUAAUGAUGUCAUGUCUCCAUUGUAAGUUUAGGCGUUCAAAUGCAUAAAAAGACGUAUUCUUGCCUUAUAUCAGGAUUGUGAAUUAUCAGCAAAAUUCCACCCCCCCCCCAAAAAAAGUGCAGUGGCUUUGAGGAUGACUUGCUGAAGAGAGGGCAGAGCAGACCUGGAAUUAAUUCACCAUCAUCUAGUACUUGCAGACAAAAAAAAAAGCUGCACUGUUCACUGUGUUUCAGUUGGAGCAUCGCUACAUUUAACACAACACAAAUAACAGUAUUUACCAGAAUUGUCUAAAAAAAAUAACGGGGGAAGAAAAAAAACUCCAAUCCUGCCGUGACUUACCACCGAUUUGCUAACUCCCAAGUAGGCCGAAAACACAGCGUGUAAAUACUCGAUCCCGGGCAAGACACUACAGUCGCAUCAACCUGAAGCAGUUUGCUAACUGUUUUGUAUGUAUGUAAACAAAUAAGUCUAUCUGAGAAGAGGAAAACAAGAUGAAUAUUCUUAGUCAAGUAGUCUCUCUGGUGUAUAAAAACUCAAUCCCACCUGGUUGGACUAUGUAGCAUCUUAAUAAAUGAAAGGAAUUAAAGUCCCUA